GCUUUCCCUGGCCUGUGUUGGCUGACUUAGAGCCCCUAGAAACCAGAGGCAAUUUCUGAACGCGGCCGGCUCCAUUUCAGUUUCCGAUUGCUAAGUCCAUGCGCCCAGGGCUGCCAGGAAGGAGAGGCUUUCCUGAGCCCUGGACCCUUCUCCCUUCUGGAAGGAUUCUCCUGCGGGCAUUUAUCUGUUCCUGAGUACAGACAGCCACACACCAUGGACCUCGUGGGACUGCUCAAGUCUCAGUUCCUGUGCCACCUGGUCUUCUGCUACGUGUUCAUCGCCUCGGGGCUGAUCGUCAACACCAUCCAGCUCCUCACACUGGUCCUCUGGCCGAUUAACAAGCAGCUGUUCAGGAGGAUCAACUGCAGGCUGUCCUACUGCAUCUCCAGCCAGCUGGUGAUGUUGCUGGAGUGGUGGUCGGGCACAGAGUGCACCAUCUUCAGUGACCCACAGGCCUACACCAAGUACGGGAAGGAAAAUGCCAUCGUGGUUCUGAACCACAAGUUUGAAAUCGACUUUCUCUGUGGCUGGAGCAUGGCCGAGCGCUUUGGGCUCCUAGGGGGUUCCAAAGUCCUAGCCAAGAAAGAGCUGGCGUAUGUCCCCAUAAUCGGCUGGAUGUGGUACUUCACCGAAAUGGUCUUCUGCACUCGGAAGUGGGAGCAAGAUCGCAAGACAGUUGCCACCAGCCUGCUGCACCUCCGGGAUUACCCUGAGAAGUACCUUUUCCUUAUCCACUGCGAGGGUACCCGGUUCACAGAGAAGAAGCACCGGAUCAGCAUGCAGGUGGCCCAGGCCAAGGGGCUGCCCAGCCUCAAGCACCACCUGCUGCCGCGCACCAAGGGCUUUGUCAUCACCGUGAGGAGUUUGAGAAAUGUAGUUUCAGCUGUAUAUGACUGUACACUCAAUUUCAGAAAUAAUGAAAACCCAACACUGCUGGGAGUCCUAAACGGAAAGAAAUAUCAUGCAGAUUUAUUUGUUAGGCGGAUCCCACUGGAAAACAUCCCGGAGGAUGAGGACCAGUGUUCAGCCUGGCUUCACAAGCUCUACCAGGAGAAGGACGCCUUUCAGGAGGAAUACUACAGGACAGGCACCUUCCCUGGGAGCCCGCUGGUGCCCCCGCGGCGGCCCUGGACACUGGUGAACUGGCUGUUCUGGGCCUCGCUGCUGCUCUGCCCGUUCCUCCAGUUCCUGGUCAGCAUGGUCAGCAGCGGCUCCUCUCUGACACUGGCCAGCUUUGUCCUCGUCUUCUUUGUGGCUUCCAUGGGAGUCCGGUGGAUGAUUGGAGUGACAGAAAUUGACAAGGGCUCUGCCUACGGCAACUUCGACAGCAAACAGAAACAGAAUGACUGACUCAGGGACGUCUCUCCAUCCAAAGGGAACCUCGGGGAACUGGUGGCCUCUGCAUAUCCUCCUUCCUGGGACACAGUGACAAAGGCUGGGGGAGCCCCUGCUGGGAAGAGGGGAGUCUUGGCCUCUCCAGCCAGGGAGUUUGGUCUCAAAGCUGAACUGGGAGGAGGAUGCUCUUAAAUCCCCCCACCCCACAUUCAUUAGUGGGCUCCGGUUUUCUUUCUUUUUGUGUGUGUGAGCGAAUGGGUGUGAGGACAGGUGAGCCUGUUCUGUGAUAAUUUCAAGGAGGUUUUAGGCUGCAGUGGGGGCAGGGCUGGGGACCAAAGGGAGCAAGUAUUCCCUUUCAUCCUUUGGUGCUGAGUUUUCUGUUAACCCUCAAUUGCCAGAGACAGAGUGAAAAGUGCUUUAGGUAAGAUGAUUAAAUUAUGCCUCAAAAAAAAAAAAAAUUAAAGUGCUUGUCUGGGUUA